AAACACGUUGUGUACCACACCUUUAUAUACUACGGAGCAGAAGGCCACUAACAAUUCGUUGCAUCUUAUUUUAUGCAUUUAUGCAAGUAUCCCGUGAUGAGGCAAAAUUGAAGAAACCAAGGUGGAACAUUAAAGAUGAGUGAUAGAGACAACAAAUUGCCGGAACCGUUUGAUAAUCUUGCAGUGGAUGGCGAGGUUACAUCAGAAAGAUAUGGGGGAAAAGAAUCCUUGACUCCAGGGACACGGGUCGUCAAAGGACCAGGCUAUGACCAGGGUAAACUGACUGCAGUGGAAGGCAACUACAUAGGUACAAUUUUACGUGUAGACUUCGAGGAGAAUGCAAAACCAGUGCUUUGUGCGUUUACAACCAAAAGUGAGAAAAAGAAAGAAAAGAGAGCUGUCCGUGCUCCAAGUGAAGGCGCUGAAGCAUUUAAAACAAGAUUCCAUAUCCAAGAAUACAGAGAAGAAAAGGGUAUUAACUUUGUGGAGGUUUAUUGGGACAAUGGAAAGAAGGAAUAUUGUGUUAUAGGACCAGACACAUUUGAACUUCAAUUAUAUGAAUGCAAUUUUAUCAGAGAGGACGAUAUGCAGUGUGAUGGCUGUAAAGAGUAUCCCCUGCACGGAAUCCGCUGGUCGUGUAUCACGUGCAAUGCCACAAAUCUGUGUACCUCGUGCUACAUGACGGACAAGGAAAUCAGUAAUCACAUAUAUAAAAGGCUGAUCACCAAGGGCUUGAACGGUCUUGAUAUGCCAAGUCGGUCUCAGAGUGCGAAAAAUGGCAAACGGAAAGAAGUCCGAGGUAUUAUAGUUGGAAGCAAGGUUGAUUUACACAAGGAAAACACGCAAGGCACAGUGGUGGGAUUUGUGAAAGGAAAUGUGUAUAGAUACAUAUUUCAAGAUGCAGAAAAUCCCGACAAUGAGAUAGAUUCUAAGACCAUUAUGAAAAAUUACAAGGAUUCCAAGGCAAUUAAAAUUCGUCUACCUGAGAGAAUGCCAAACGACAUCCUUCCUCCGCUCACCAGAGACAUGAUAGAGAAAUUACCUGAAAUAAGAGUCAUCAUGCAGCUUGAAGGCAAGGAGUAUGUAGCUGGAACCGUGGUGUCAUACAAAGAAAUAGACGAUGAUGUAAUUAUACUUUUCACCAAACCUUGA